GAUUUUAUCGCGUGCGGACGUGUCUGCGGAUUGCCAGCUGUGAGUAUUCGAAAAAGUAUUCGUAUUCGUAUGCGUAUUCGUAUUAACUCGUCUCUCGAGCUUAACAUAAAUGUGACUGCAACUUUGGCGCCACCAAACGAUGCAUUAAGCAUAAAUUAACAAUAUCAAUCAAUCGCAAGUGCCAAACAACAAAACAGUUUAUGCUAAUCAAUAUGAGUGCAACAAGAACGAUAAUUGCAACUGCAACUGCAACAGGAAGAUCUACAAACUGGAGCUGGCUGUGUCUAUGCUGCUUCGUUUGUCUCGCUGCACUUGCUCAGGGCAGCAGUGGCAGUGGCAGUGGCAGCAACAGCGGUAGCAGCAACGCCGCAAAGCCAUUGCCAGCGACUCUCAAGGAUGCCACGCAUAUGUACAAAAUCAAAAGGCAGGACAAAUACCAACAGCAACGGCAGCAACUGAAGGCCAUAAACAGUGAUAGCAGUGUGGCAGCUCCUGUGGCAGGCGCAAAGCAACAACUGACAAGAGGCGCUCACGGACUCAACAAGAAGAUGCUCAACAAAAUGGGUUUCAUGAAGGUGAAGGCGCCCAACAGCCAUAACCGGAAACGCUUGGCGGUUGAGUCACGACGUCACGCAUCGCGAGAUGAUUCACACAUGUUCAUCAUCAAGCUGCCGCCAAAUCUGCACUACUAUACAGGUCCCAACGCUGUGAGGAAUUCGCUUGAUGUCGCAUCAAAGUCACAGCAUCAGCAUCAGCAGCAACAUCCACAUCCACAUCAAAUGAGCAAUAGCAUCCAUGACAACGCACAGAAAAUUGCCGCGUUCUUGGCGACGGAGGCAGCAGCUAAAGGAACUGAGACAACUGAGGCGUCGGCGUUGAAAACUAACGGGAAAAAGGUAUCGUUUCCCUUUAGCUCGAAUGGACGUCCUGGACGUAUCUAUCACUGGAAUCUACCCGUGUUGAAGCAGGCGCUGCACAAGAAGCCGCAAUUUGCACAUGUUUCGGCUGACGAUCGCAAUCGUCUGCUGGAUAUUGAAAAUAUACCGACGUGGCGCAAACCCUGGGAGAAUGAAACCAUUGAGAAGUCCUUUACAACGGGCACUGGCAAAUCCAAAUACAAGAAAUCGCUGAAACAAAAGUCUCCCACAUAUUAUGCACCAGCCCAGGCGGUCAAUAAGCAAAGUUUCCACAAAUACUUUGCUGGUAAUGGGAAGCCUAAGGGCUUCUAUGUCAUCAAGGAGCAUCAGACAAAGCCGCAGUUCUAUCAAAAUAUCAUAUCAUAAGUUCAUUUUAUCAUCAGUUGUAUGCAAUGUAUACUAUAUGUAUAUUUAGGUAUGCAUCUAUAAGACUGUGGUGUGGGCAUGAUUACUUGAUUCUAAUUAUUUUAAUGUAUGUUCCACUCGAAUUCUAUAAACUUAUUAACUAACUGCGAGUAGAAGCAAAGCUUAACUUCCAGUCUGAAUGGGGACUGUUUCCAUUUAAAGAACUUCCGUCCAAAUUCUGAAUAAAAACAAAUUUAAACGAGGAGAGUAUAAUGAGAAAAUGUAUUUUUUUAUAAAAGAAAAGCACAAUAUUAAUGCUAGUGGAUUGCCACUGCGACUAUCAAUCAACAGGAAAAUACAAUAAAUAACUGCUACUCGUAUGUUUAAGUGCAUGUACGAAUUUGUAAUUACAAAUAAAUAUGAUGACUGAAAAAAAAAA